AUGUACUCUUGGGUCAGUGUAUCUCCUCUUGUUGUCUUAGUAUUCUGUGGCACAGACUUUGGCAAUGGGGCUUUGGCCAAGGUGUCAAUCGAUGACAUACGUCUUGAGAAGGGUGAGGGGGGAGUUCCGGACUGGGCGUUUGAUCUGCCUAGGCUAGAAUAUAAAUAUUACUGGCGCGAUACGUAUAUUGCCGACUUCGCAGAACAAAAUGCCAAGUGGUGCGAAAAUAGCCACUCAAAAGGUAUUCUAGUCAACUGCAGACAGAUGGAUUGGGAUGGGUAUGAUUGCCUUGUUGCAGGUGGCGACUAUCGACGUCAAGAUCUUUGGGAUGAGGGUGUCGGUGACUACUGGCCAUUUGAGGAACAGCCAGCCCGCGAGGUCUCGGAGGUGGGCUAA